AUGCAGCAGCCUUCGCUGGCGAGCCGUCACAGCAGCCUUUGCGGGCAAGCUGACAUGGCAGCCUUCGCGGGUGAGCCGUCCGACGCGCACAUCGACAGAUUUAGCACCCGUCAUACAGAUGCUCUGGAGGAGGUCUUGAGGCUCUAUGUCUCGGCCACCCUGCUCGACAUGUCCACGGUGAGUCGCUUCUGCGAUGGGAUGUCCGAGUGGCGGCUGCAGCGUGAGAAUGAGAUCACCGCCAUAAUGGACAUCAGCAACCGAGCACAGAUAAAGCCGAGCAAGAAUAUUCUGGUGUACGUGAAAAACAAGACGGCUGCAGAGCAUAGGCGAGCAAUGCUGGAGGCGGAACUAGCGGUGGCACUAAAGGACGCGCUGCUUGGCCUCGAGGACCUGGACGUCUUUGUGGAGGCGCUGGAGAGGCUGGCCACCACCUCACCAUUUAUUUUUCGGGGCGAGGUGGUGAAACUGCCGCAAGAUGUCAGCUGCUCUGAUGUGGCGCUCGCUGUGGCCACGGCACGCCGGGCUUGUCCAGUCGCUGCCGAUUUGAAGCAAGACAGCAAAGUGCUCUUGGUGCCCAGGUUGGACAACGCCACCGUGCUGGCAUACCUUCUGGACAAAUACGUGCAGACUGCACUACAAAUAUGUUUCCUGAUGGAUAAAUGGCAAAAAAAAAAUGCUUUCAAAACAAAGCGGAAUAAGUCGCAGGUGUUUAAGUCUAAUAGCAGUUUAUGGCUAAUUUGGCCUCUGACACCACAAUGGAAGCCAGCAAAAUGUCUGGUUGGUCUCAAAACACGAUUCUGUACCGGGAAAAUACUAUUCGCAUGGAAAACGUUAGCGUUGAUACAUACACAUUUUUCUUCCAGCAAGUUCUGCCUCAACAUGCUACCCAAAGCUAUUUUGGACAUUCGUGUGGAGCUCCCUGAUGAAUUAUCUUCAGAUGACACGCAGACGAUUCUUCGCCACAUUCACCAGUGUGACCAGAUCCGGAACGAUGCAGAUUUCCGGCUGGCUUUCUUGCUCCAGGAGGACACUUCUCACCUCUUCCUGGCUGAGUUCAGACAGCGUCGUGUUAGAAUGCUGGAGCUUCUGGACCAAUUGGACCAGACUGUCAAGGAGCUGGUCAGGAAGAACAAGGCGGUGAAGAUCUCCACUGUCGCAAGUAGUUCGGUGGGCGUGGUGAGCAGUGCACUGUCCAUCGUGGGGCUCUCGCUCAUACCCAUCACAGCUGGUACCUCCCUGGCUCUGAGUAUGACCGGAUUGGGUCUUGGUCUGGCCAGCUGGGCCAACUGUGCCGUCACCUCCGUCGUGGACUAUAAACUGGAGCAAAAGUCUAUUAAGAAAGCUAAUGAGGUGAUAGAUAACUUCAUUGAGGAAGCGCAAAGUCUAGACAACAUUGCCAACAAGACCCGCCAAAUGGAUGCUGCCGUCAGUGAAGUUCUCUGUGAGGCUGAUGAGGUCAGAAGAGUCGGUCUCCUUGCAGACACCACCUCUGCUGUGACGACGCCGAAAGGCAACAAGGGGAUGGCCACCAGGGUGGGCAAGGUGGUGGUUGUGGGUGGCAAAGCGCUACGCAAUGUCCACAAAGCAGUGGCGGAUGCCCGGAAUGUGGGCCACAUGGCGCUUAAAGGGUCUGUGGCUGUGACCCGGACAGCCAGAGCUGGACUCAUCCCACUUAAUGGAAUCUUCAUCGGCAUUGAUAUCGUCAUCAUCUGCAUGGACAGCAUUGCGCUAGCCAAAGGGUGUGAGACCCAGGUGUCACAAUUUCUCAGAGCCAGGAGUGCUCUGUGGCGGGCCGAGAUGGAAUCCUGGCAGAAGAUAUCAGACUCGUUGAUGCGAGGAUUGGCGUCGUUUGAGAAAAACUGGAGUGUCAUAGAAACACCGGUUUUCAGUGACGACAAACAAGGCAAAAAGCAACAUUGCGUCAUUCAGUAG